UGCGUUGAAUGCAAAUUUCAAUAAAUUGUCUGUGCUCAUCAGUUAAAAUAUUAGCAAGUAAAAACUUGACCCCUCAAAACUUCCAAGGAAGUAACUUAUUUAAUUUUUUUGAUCCCGUCAGGCAAUAUUAACUCAGAUUGUGAACAGCUCAGUGAUUAGCAUAUUCAAAGCUAAAACUUUCCAAAAAAAUCAAAUUGCUGACAAAAAAUACAAGCGUGCUAUCUUCAUUCUUUAUGUGUCCAGACUUAUUGUAAUACGGCAGUGAUGGAAUAGUGAUGUGAAUAUUUUCACAAAAGAAAGUAUACACACACUCAAAUGAAGUGCACGCCUGUAUUUUCAUUUCCAAUUCUAUUUUUGAGGAAAGUUUAUGAAAGCAUUAUUUUAAAUGUGGGCACUGAUGAGAUGGACUUCCUGUCGUAUCAAAUGCAUGUAAAAAUAACAACUGCUGAGUUUUUUUCACAACAUAAAGUAUUUGAAGAGAAAUGCUCAAUGCAUGUUGAUCAAAGCUUGCUGUUGAUUUGGCUCCAAUAAUGGCGACCACUGUACAUAGGAUUCAUAAAAUUCCAAAAGUGAGAUUCAAUUAGUAUGGACUAGAUAAACUGAAUUCAUGKUUUUUUUUUCUGUCAAUAAUUUUGAUCCAUCUUCAAAGAUUAUGAGGUAUGCAUAUAUGACUACAUUACAUUACAUUACAGUGUAUAAUUAAUACAAGUACAGCAUGCACAGCUGGACAUUAAACAGCAGGUACAUGACGUGUACUUGUGGGAGGCAGCAAUCAGGCAAUCAUUGUCCACAAUUAUUCUCUUUGUCCAUCUCCGUUUCUUCUUGCAUUGAGUUACAGUAGUUAAAUUCUUGGCUCCAAAAAAAAAAAGAAAAAAAAAAAAAAGCCUGAAGAUUCUCAUAUUUUUCUCAGUCUGUCAUAGGCCUUGUGUUCUCUUUUUCUAUUCGAGAGAGCUCUACCUGUCUUUGUCUAUUAGUUGUUGCAGUCCUUGGAUCAUGGUAUAUGGUAAACAAUGCCUUAUUUCUUUUCAAAGGGGACAGGAUCUUUUUGGUUUUACAGCAGUUUUGAUUUACAUGUACUAUGUUAUGCAGUGACGAAUUCUUUAGUAUUCUUUCUGAGACAACUUUAACGUAUGGCUAUUAGCAUCAUAAAAUCAGCAUGCUGUACUAAAAUUGCAUUUUCGUCAUGUAUUUAGUUUUUAAAUGCUAAAACCAUAUAACCUCAAAGUUUCUGAUGAUGGAUCAAUUUAAAUCUAAAGCCUUGGAUAAUAGACUACUUUUAUCUAGUAUGUAGAUGAAUCUCUUGUUUUUCAUCAUGGAAGUCAUUGGCCAGCCUGUUGAGGGCAGUAAAUUUAAGGAAAACUCCUCACUCCUGUAAAAUGUUUUUCAUAGAAUGUGCGCUGAGUUGUCUCAUCCUAGUGCAUGAUUUUUGUCAAGAAUUUUUGUUAUAUGAGAUGAAAUGUUUGACAGCUGGUGUGAAAUCAAUGCAUGUAUAUUGCAACUAUCUAUUAAUUGAUUAUUGUUGAAGUGAGGCCCACAAAAGCCUAAUAUGGCGUUUGCAAAUUAGACUAAUUUUUGAGAUGGUAAUCUAUUAAUCAAAUCAAUGAAGGAAAUGAGGAUGAAUGUUAGUAACUUAACCAUAACAUAUCGACCACUUCAACAAAAGGGAAAUUAUAAAUGUACAGUAAAUAUACGUAGUUCAAAUGAAUGAGCUUUUAAAUCAUUUCAUUAAAGUCUCUCAUUAUUUUUAUCUACAUAUUGUAUGAUGUCACAUUAAUCUUUGAUGUUCCUUGAAGGUCCAUUUCGUUUUGUUUUGCUGCUAUUCACAUGUCUGAUGACAUUUGGUUCAUAUUUUUGCUAUGAUAUGCCAAGUGUUUUGCAAAAAGUGUUUACUAAUGSAAUAAAUCCAAAUACAACUGGAAACUGUAGCACAAUUUAUUACUGGAAUGCUACCAAAGUUACAUCAUCACUUAUCAAUGGCACGAAAUGCUAUUCUGGUCUUGGUUUAACCCAAACACAGUUCAAUUUGUUGUAUUCAAUCUAUGCAUGGACAAAUGCAGUGGUAGUUAUCAUGGCUGGGUUCCUGAUUGAUAAACUUGGAAAUGGAGUUGGGGCACUUUUAUUUUCUCUUUUGUGUCUAAUUGGAACUUCUACAUUUGCUGCUGGACUAUACUUUCAACAUAGCCAUGGCAAAGCCAUGUUUGCUAUCAUGUUAGUUGGAAGAAUAUUGUUUGGGUCAGGUAAUGGUUCACUGACUAUUGUGCAAAAUAGAAUCUCUGCAAUUUGGUUUAAGCAAAAAGAACUAGCCUUUGCCUUUGGGUGCACACUGGCCUUCUCUCGCCUUGGGAGUGUUCUGAAUUUUUUUCUGACAGAAGGGUUCCAAGAGAAGCAUGGUCUUCAAAUCACUCUUUGGGCAGGUGCUAUCCUGUGUGGAUUUGGUGUUGCUUGUGCUAUAACGGCGUCAAUAAUGGAUAAUCGCGGCUUAAAGAUUCUAGAAAAGAAAGGUGACAUGGAGARUCAAUCCAAAACGAUGGCAAGUAAAAAUGCAUGGUUUUUAACAAACAAGUAAAUUCAAUUCAWUUUUCCAAAUGCAAAUUACUUGCAGCAUAGUUAGUAACUAUGCYUGCAGCAACUCUGUUUCURCUGACUUGAAUUUAAAGUGCACUUCAUUUGCAUUUUAAAUUUUCAAAUGUCUAUAACUCAGAAAAUACAAUUCAAAAUUUAUUUCUUUGUUUACAGACGUGCUUGGCAGCAUGUUACCUUUCGGAUAAAAAGGAUUUUCUAAAAAGUGCCAUGUGCACUUUGUGUCACAGCCAUAACAGUCGCGUAUUGAAAAAAGACCAAACAAACUUUUCCCUCCUCCCCUCCAUUAAUUGCUUCUACAGCUAAUUUAUGUAAAAUAUGYAAGAAUAAAGUAAACCGAAGCUUGUCCGAACUGCCGAAGACAAUCGAGUAUCAGACGAUGUGCGCACUACACCCGCAAUGCAUUAUUUUCUUGACUGUACCGUGG